GGUGGUCGUUGCAGCUUGUAGAGGCACACACAGGCCGGGCGAUCUUCUUCUACGCUACUCCCUGUCCAGUGUGCUCAAAGCAGCUAGCAGCUAGCUCUGAAGCUUUCCUUCGAAGCCCUAGCUGGUGGUGGUGUCCUACUCAGCUCACCAUGGGCGACUCCUCAUCCUCAGCAUCUUACAUCAGAAUGGUUCACCAUCUGAUAGAGAAGUGCAUCUGCUUCAACCUGAACAAGGAAGAGUGCAUGGACGCCCUGGAGAAGCAUGCCAACAUCAACCCUGUCAUCACUUCCACUGUGUGGAAGGAGCUGGAGAAGGAGAACAAGGAGUUCUUCGAGACGUACAACAAGGACCGCGCGGAGCGGAACAUCGAGGCGGAGACGAUGCAGCGGAUCCAGAAGAUGCUCGCCGAGGCGGCGGCCUCCAAGACCUCCGACGACGACGAGAGCUAGCAAGCAGCCAGCUAGCUAGAGCUUUAGAUCAGCCCGUGCAUGGCCUCAUGUCCACUACACAGCAGCGCCUCCAUUAGCUCCGUGGGAGAAGCCUACACACCGUACCUCACGUGAGACCAUUCUGUGCAGCUAGCUUACUUAGCGCUACCAAUAAUUAUAUAUGUGCCUUUUGCAAGAACACCAUGCGUGCAUGUGUCGUGCUUAAGAUUAUAUUAGGAAGUCAUCAAGAUAAAACUAUGUUUCAUUCAUGUAUGUAUAUGUAUUCAUGUACAAAGAGGAUCCAUAUUCAACCUA